AUGGCAGUCGGUGCAACAGCCAAGCGAGCGCCAGGCGAGCGAGCGCCCGUCAAUUGGUCCAACAUUGGUGUAGGAGCUAUCAUGAACAUGUUCGAAGCAACGACACUAGGCCAGCCGCUCGAAGUCGUCAAGACCCAAAUGGCCUCGAGCAGAGGCGACAAGAUGUCUGUCGCCAUCCAGAAAGUCUGGGCCAGAGGCAAGAUUUUAGGAUUCUACCAAGGCCUUAUCCCAUGGGCAUGGAUCGAAGCCUCAACGAAGGGCGCAGUACUGCUCUUCACAGCGGCAGAGGUCGAGAACUUUGCGACCGACAAGGGCGUCUCGCAAGGCACCGCUGGUCUCCUCGGUGGCAUGGCGGGCGGUAUCGCGCAAGCAUACGCGACAGUCGGCUUCUGUACCACCAUGAAGACUGCUGAGAUUACACGCUCAAAAGUAGCCGCACAAGGCGUUACACCGCCAUCCACCUGGCAAGUCUUCGGUAACAUCUGGCAGAAAGAGGGUAUCCGCGGCAUCAACAAGGGCGUCAAUGCGGUCGCCAUCCGCCAGUGCACAAACUGGGGCUCUCGCAUGGGCUUUGCUCGCUUCGCGGAGACCAUGAUCAGAGAUGCCAGGGGCAAAGCGCCAGGAGAGAAACUGUCUGCGCUCGAUACCGUCUUUGCCUCCUCGAUCGGUGGCGCGCUAGGAUGCUGGAAUCAACCCAUCGAAGUCGUGCGAGUCGAGAUGCAAUCUAUGGCGAACAACCCAGGCAAGAACAGACCCGCAAAGCUCACUGUACUCAAUACACUCGCUUACAUCUACUCUGAGACGGGCAUCAAAGGUCUCUACAGAGGUGUCACACCGCGUAUCGGAUUGGGCAUUUGGCAGACGGUCUGCAUGGUCUCGUUCGCUGACAUUGUAAAAGGCUGGAUCGCGAACAAAUAA